AUUUGUGGGCCAAGAUGACUCAGUAGGUAAACGUACUUGCUAAGAAGCCUACCAACCGGUGUUUGAUUCUAGGACUUCACUUGAUGAGUGGAGAAUUCUGACUCGCUCAAAGUGUCUUCUGACCUUCACUGUGAGCUGUACCAUGUAAGCAUGCUUGUGCAAGCUUGUGUACACAGAACAGCACACACACAAAUAAGUAAAUACAUAUGUUACUUAUGUAAAAGCCAUGGUAAUACUAUUUUAUGUAUAGUGUAUGGAAUCAAACAACUACAGCUGAUUUAUUGUAAAAGACAACAAUAUAGUUGGGCAGUGGUGCACACCUUUAAUUCCAGCACUUGGGAGGCAGAGGUAGACGGAUCUCUGUGAGUUCGAGGCCACCCUGGUCUACAGAGCUAAGGAGGCUACAAUGAGAAACUCUGUCUCAAAACAAAAUAAAACAAGACAGCAAUGCCACUGGGUACAGAGUGUCCGUUUGUAAUCUGAGCACUAGAGGGUGGAUACCAAGGUCUCUUGUGCUUCCUGGCCCAUUUGUUGAUCCAGUUGACAAACUUGAGGCUCAGUGAGACUCUGUCUCAGGAAAGUGGAAGGGCUCAGAAGACAGCUCUGAAUUGUCAGUGGUAGAACACUGAGUGAAGUGGGAAAGAGAGAGAGAGAGAGAGAGAGAGAGAGAGAGAGAGAGAGAGAGAGAGAGAAAAUGAAUUAGUGCUGGGAAUCAUCUGUUUCUGUUUAUAGGCUGAUAGUAUCUGAGUACAGAAACUGUCCUGGAAUGUUAUCAGUAAUAGCCAUGCAAGGUGGAGCCACAGAAGGGAAGAGAGGCUGUGUAUAUACGCAAUAACAGGAGCUAAUACACGUAGACACAGACACACAGACACACGCACAAACACGGAUACACAUGCACAGACACACGCAGACACACACAGACAGACAAAACAGACAGACACACACAUGCAGACAGAUACACACAGAGACACAGACACACGCACAAACAUGGACACACACAGACACACAAACACAGAUACACACACAGACACACACACAAACAGGCACACAGAUAGACACACACAGACACACACACAGAGACACACAUAGACACACAGACAGACACACACCUGAUGCUUGCUGCGGACCAGCACUAUGGCAGUCAUUUCCUCCAGAGCAGAUCUACUGAGUACAUUGAAUACUCCCAGCGCUCUGUAAGGUAUCUGGGGCCAGGAUGAUGAACCAUACCACCAUCUACCAAUAUGAUUAUGAAUAUGAUUAUGAUCUUUACCACUACCUUCCGGACGUUCCCGUAGACUGCCCAGAUGGCGAAUGCUUAUCUAGUGAUGUCUACCUCAUAGUCUUGGUUCUUCUGUAUGCAGCCAUCUUCCUGAUGGGUGUGCCAGGCAACAUCUUGGUGGCUUGGGUGACCUGGAAAGAAUCCCGCCACAGGCUUGGGGCCUCUUGGUUCCUGCACCUGGCCGUGGCUGACUUGCUUUGCUGUGUGUCUCUGCCCUUCCUGGCUGUGCCCAUCGCCCAGAAGGGUCACUGGCCAUAUGGGUCAGCAGGCUGCUGGCUGUUGCCCUCGGUCACCGUCCUGUCUAUGUACGCCAGUGUGCUGCUCCUGACUGCCCUCAGCGCUGACAUCUUCCUACUGGCGUUCAGGCCCUCCUGGAAGACUGCUGAUCACCGGACACUUGGGGUGCGGGUGGCUCAGGUCUCUUCCUGGAUGCUGGCCCUGGUGCUAACGGUGCCCUCUGCUGUCUACCGUAGGCUGCAUCAGGAGCAUUUCCCUCCAUGGCUUCUGUGCGGCAUAGACUAUGGGCGCUCUGUCGCCACAGAGGCCACCAUCACCGCCGUUCGAUUCCUCUUUGGCUUCUUGGGGCCAUUGGUGUUCAUGGCCAGUUGCCACGGCAUCCUCCAAUGGAAACUGACCCGACGUCACUGGCCACUGGGCACAGCUGUUGUGGUUGGCUUUUUCUUCUGCUGGACCCCUUACCACAUCCUGAAGGUCAUAAUUGCAGUGGCUGCGCCGUUCUCCUUGCUCCUUGCCCGGGUCUUGGAGGCUGAGCCUCUGGUUUCAGGCCUGGCCCUUGCUCACAGUGCUCUCAAUCCCAUAAUGUUUUUGUAUUUUGGGAGGAAACAACUCCGCCAGUCACUCCAGGCUGCAUGCCACUGGGCCCUGAAGGAUCCACAGGAUGAGGAAAGUGUGGCGAGCAAGGUAUCCACCAGCCAUGAGGUGAUGUCUGAGAUGGCCGUGUAGGCGAGAGGAAUUUGAAUUUCCUAGGCCAUUUCACAAUCGUGCAGCUUCAGGCACAGCUGGAUCCAGGAGCUCCGCGAUGGUUUUUGUUCUUCAUUUAAUGAACAUUCAUUGUGCACUGGCUUGUGCCAAGCCCUGAUCUACAGGUGCUGGGUGUGGCAGUGGCCUGAACCAUUUCUUGCCCCCAGGAACCAGCACUUUGUAGAGGAAGACAGAUAGGAAGAAGCAGAAGGCUGUGGAAUAUGUCAAGGGUGAGAUGUUUCAUAGACCCUAAGGAGGGCCCCAGCACCUACGCAAAAGUUGGGUCUGGCAGCACGCCUGUAAACCCAGCACUGAGGGCAUAGACGGUUCCCGGGGGGGGGGGGUCCUCUGCCCAGCCUGUCUAGGCCAACGAGAAGCUCCAGUGAGAGACCCGCCUCGAGAAAUAGAGUGAAGCGGGCAUGAUAACGUUUGGGGGGCAGAGGCAGGUGGAUCUCUGUGAGUUUCAGGCUAUCCUGAUCUACAUAGUGAGUUCCAGGUGAGGAUAUCCAACCUUGACUGUAGGCUAACCCCCCAUACACACAAGGUGGGGCAGCCUAGGGCAGCCCGGCUAGCACCUUGAGAAAAACGUUAUGACUGAGCCAAAAUCUGAAUAAUGGAGAGAAGAUCCACGUUUAAAUCUGGGUAGCUAAUUCCAUGCAGGCAGAGCAAGUGAAAAAGCCUUGCCCCUGGGUGCCUCCUCCCAGAAGCCCUCCCUGACUUGCAUCCUGCCCAGGGACAAGGGCUCCUCCUGUCUUACAGUCUCUUUAACAUAAAUGCCCAUAUUAAUUAUAAAUUCCCCAAAGGUGAGAGCUGGACUUACUCCAUUUUUUAAAUUGUUGUCUUAUGUUUAGUUGUUUACUAUGUGUCAGGAAGGGGUGGGGUAAUGUGGUUGGAGGACGAAGGAUUAAACUCAGGUCGCCAGGCUUGGCUGCAAGCACCUUCAGCUGCUGAGCCAUCUCGCCAACCCCAACCUCCUCAGUCUUAUCUCAUCCCAUGACUUAGAAAUUAUUGGAUUUUCUCUGUCUCAAUUCUAAUUUUCUCAACUCGUCUGUGGGCUCCUUGAUGUUGCCAGUGCCUUUUUGUGUUAGUUUGUUUUGAAGAUCUUUAAGCAAUUUUAUUUAAAAAAUGUCAUAGAGAUAUAUAUUGUACAUUGAACAGAUCCCCACCCUUUCCCAAGGUUUUCAGGAUUUUAACACCCAUGGUAUGCUGUGUCCACCAACUCUCCUCCACAAAUCCUUGGGUUUUGCCUUUGGUUAUUUUUUUAUUUUUUUUGAUUCUCGAGACAGGGUUUCUCCGUAGCUUUUUGGUUCCUGUCCUGGAACUAGCUCUUCUAGACCAGACUGAUCUCGAACUCACAGAGAUCCACCUGCCUCUGCCUCCCGAGUGCUGGGAUUAAAGGCGUGCGCCACCACCGCCCGGCUUCUUUUUUUUUAAUUUUUUUUUUUUGAGAUAGGGUCUCAUAUAGCCUAGGUUGGCUUUGAACCUGAUAUGUAGCUAAGGAUGACCUUCAACAUUUCCUGAGUGCUGGGAUUACAGUCCUGCACCAUCACACCUGAUUUAUGUGGUGCUGAGGAUCAAACCUAGGGCUUCAUGCAUGCUAGGCAAGUACUCUACCAACUGAGCCACAUCCUUGGUUCCGCACGGGGGAUUCCAGGCAGAUGCCUCAGUAUUCAGCCAUGCUUCCAACAUGCUUCCCCUUCACUGGGGUUCUAGGCAGAUGUCCUUGUACUGAGCUCCACCCCCAGACCUCUUUGAACAAUAUAGAUAGCUGUCUGCAAAGUUCAAACAAUUUCUGGUUAAUUUACUGGGACCGGGGAGCCUUUUCAGCAGGCCUUUUCGUUUUUUUUUUUUUUUAUAAGACACACUUAUAUUCUUUGGUCUUAAGAAAUGAAGGAGAGGGGCUGGAGAGAUGGCUCAGUGGUUAAGAGCAUCGCCUGCUCUUCCAAAGGUCCUGAGUUCAAUUCCCAGCAACCACAUGGUGGCUCACAACCAUCUGUAAUGAGGUCUGGUUCCCUCUUCUGGCCUGUAGACAUACACACAGAUAGAAUAUUGUAUACAUAAUAAAUAAAUAAAUAUUUUAAAAAAAGAAAUGAAGGAGAACUUUCAUGACAGCUUCCAAAUGUAUUUCUGUGUAUUUAUACAUAAAAGCUCUUGAUGUUAAA